GAGAGAGAGAGGGAGAAAAGAGAGAAGAAGAAAAUAGAUCAAAGGAGACAGUAGCCCGGGGGUGCAGGCGUGUGGGCAGGAGCUUGGUGGGCACAUAUUCAGGGUGGUGCAGGAGUCCGGGGCCUCAAACUGACGGGCGGAUUAUAUAUGAUCCUGAUAUUCACGUAAACAAAGAUGGCAAAGGUUCGCCUGCCACGGUGCCGCCUUUGGAAUGCUAUGGCUAUGAUUCAGAUCAUCCUUGGAAGUCUUGUCAUAAUAGUUAGUAUUAUGAGCCUGUUUAGGUUCUAUUCUGCUGGAUUCUUCUUGCGUGAUGAAGAAAUUUGCCGAAGGUUCUUUAGUUCAAAGGCGUCAUAUUCGGGUUUUGAUGUAAGCGCAUUGUCUAGUCGGGUGGAUGAAGUUCUUGAGAAGUUGGCUGAUUUGCAGAUCAAGCUUGAGAACACAGUGCAGCAGAUUGAUAAGAGAAACAUGUCAGCUCCCUUGUUUAAGAAGUUUUUGGAGGAUGAAUUUAUCCCACCUCUUUAUAGUGCUCACAUUUCUCUUAGACAGAUCAGAAUUCCAAAGGUAGAAGAGGGAUCGGGUUUGAAAGAGGACCCUCUGAUAAAUUUUUUCACUGUGGAAGAGAUAAGGAAGUAUGUUACAGCAAAGGAGAACAGAUCUGGAAAGGUCAAUGUUUAUGGAGCUAAGAGGAUGUACAAUACCAUUGGACAUGCAUGUGUUUUGAUGAAGAACGAAUUGGAAGCCUAUAUGAACUAUGACAUUGGGAGUUACUGCAAAGAUGACUGGAAUUUAGGACAGAGGCUCAUGAUCAAUGGGUGCGAUCCAUUGCCCAGAAGGAGAUGCUUGACUAGAGCUUCAAAAUCAUAUGGUAGGCCCUUGCCGAUUACAGAGUCUCUGUGGCAGAUACCAGAUGAUAAAAAUCUCAGGUGGAACCUUUACCAUUGCAAGAACUUUAGUUGCCUAGCAGAAAGUAAGCCAAACGGGAUAAGGAAGUGCACUGGUUGUUUCAAUCUGGAGAAGGAGAAGGUGAAGUGGGUAAGGAACAGCUCUUUAGCAGUAGAUUUUCUGAUGACAGAUGUGUUGAAUACAAAGCCCAGAGAAAUUAGAAUCGGUCUAGACAUCAGUGUUGGAACUGGAAGUUUUGCAGCAAGGAUGAGAGAACAUAACGUGACCAUUGUCACUACUGCUCUCAAUCUAGGAGCUCCAUUCAAUGAGAUGAUCGCACUUAGAGGCCUCAUUCCCCUGUUUGUGACAGUGAACCAGAGACUGCCUUUCUUCGACAACACGAUGGAUUUGAUCCACACCACCGGAUUCCUUGAUGGUUGGAUCGAUCUGCAACUAAUGGACUUUGUACUGUUCGACUGGGAUCGGGUUCUUAGACCAGGUGGGUUGUUGUGGAUCGACAGGUUCUUCUGCAGCAGAAAAGAUCUAGACGACUACAUGUACAUGUUCCUGCAAUUUAGAUACAAGAAGCACAAAUGGGUUGUCUCCUCUAAGUCCAAGGAAGAAGUUUAUCUUUCUGCAUUGUUAGAAAAGCCUCCAAGAACAGUGUGACUGGUUUUGUUUGUUUCUCUGUUGCUGCCUCUUUGAAGUGUUUUCUUAUUCUCUGUUGCUAUCCUUUUCAGAUGAAGCUUGUACUGCACUAAAAUGUAGCAUGCUGGGGAUAAUAUUAUUUUGUGAAAAGGGCUCUAAAUAAUUUAAAAUAUACUACU